CCAGCUCCAGCAGCACUGCACCGUUUUUCUCGUUUUUUUUUUUACUCCAAAACCAUCAUGACUGAAUAAAUGUGCAGUCGAGCUGUUUAAAGUCACACUGUGGAACAUUCCAGGCAGAACAAGGACUUACAGUAUCCAUAGAAACAAGACGAGUCUCUGAUGUGGACGUCCACCUCGUGACAUCAUGGGGAGCGUGGCGGUUCUGGGCGGGGGCAUCGGGGGCCUGGCUGCCGCCUACUACCUGAGCCGGAGCGCCAGGGCAAAGGUGGUGGUUCUGGAGCAGAGCGGGCGGUUCGGGGGGUGGCUCUGGUCGUGUCGUAGGUCUGAUGGAGCUGUGUUUGAGUUGGGGCCCAGAGGAGUGAGACCUGCAGGAGCCUCAGGACGAAACACACUCAACCUGGUGGAGGAUCUGGGUUUGGAGUCACAGAUUCUUCCGGUCACUUACAGCCACGUGGCGUCUCAGAAUCGCUUCCUGUUUGUGCGCGGGAAACUCUGCAAGAUGCCCGGAGGUCUGAGCGGCGUGUUGAGGACCACGCCGCCGUUCUCGCGCCCGCUCCUGCCUCAGCUGCUCAGGGACGUGUUCGUGCGCCGGGGGAAGGACGAGGACGAGACUCUGCACGCCUUCGUCAGCCGCAGGUUCAGCCCCGAGUUGGCGGACAUCGCGGUGGACAGUCUGUGCCGGGGAGUCUUCGCCGGAGAUUGUCGUAAACUGAGCGUCCGCGCCUGUUUCCCCGACCUGCACCGAGCCGAGCGCCAACGAGGCUCCGUCGUCCUGGGCAUGAUCCUGGGCUCAGGGCCCAGUGUUGACGUGGCCCCGGGGCCCCUGGCUCUCAGGGCUCAGAGGGAGGGCUGGGCUCAGUGGUCCCUGCGCAGGGGCGUGCAGGUGCUCCCUGACGCUCUGGUGCAGAGGCUGGAGCAGGACCGCACCGUGCACCUGCGCACACGAGCACCUGUCAGGGGCCUGGAACACUCACCUGCCGGAUGGACGAUCCACACAGAGGACGGGGACGUGUCUGUGGAUCACAUCAUCUCUGCUCUGCCGGCCAAAGCCCUGGCGGAGCUCCUGCCCGUCUCCUGUCAGUCUCUGGUGAGUCUCCUGCGGCAGGUGCCCUACGUCACCGUGGGCGUCGUCAACCUGGAGUAUCAAGGCUCAGUGCUCCCCGAGAAGGGUUUUGGGCACCUGUUGCCGUCGUGGGAGGACCCCGGGGUGCUUGGCGUCGUCUAUGACUCUGUGUUCUUCCCUGAACACAACAGCCCCGGCACAGAGAGCACCCGCCUCACGGUGAUGAUGGGCGGGGCCUGGUUCCAGGAGGUUUUUGGAGACCCGGACCAGGUGAGUCCAGACCUGCUCCUGUCCACAGCCGAGUCUGCGGUGAAACGACACCUGGGCAUCAGAGAGCGCCCCCUGUGGAGCAACGUGGCACUGCACCGGGACUGUAUCCCCCAGUAUCACCUGGGACACGCACAGAGAGUCAAUCAGAUGCGCGGCUUCAUCGAUGAGGCUCGUUUGCCGUUGUCUCUGGUCGGCUCCUCGUACGACGGCGUCUCGGUGAACGACGUGAUCUUCAGUGGACGUUCUGCGGUGGAGACGCUCGAGGCUCAGACGUGAAAAACCACGAAAAAACACAAAAAAACUGCACUGUGCCUUUGUAAAGAAGAAGUGUUUUUGUAAACUAUUUAAGUGAAAGUGUAAAGUGACGGCAGCACUGGUGUAAAAAUAACAGAGAGAAUAAUAUAGAGCCGUGUCUAAUUUGAAUAAAAAAAUAAUAAUAGAAAUGAUUUUUAGUUCUGUUGUGUCCUUCACGCUGCAGCUGUUUUGUUUUAUCUACUUUGAAAACUGAAACUACAAUUUUAAAGAGGAAAUAUUCUGCAAAAUUUACUUUUUAUUUUUUAUUUUUGAUAUGUUCUAAUGUCGUUUUCUCGUCACAAACAAACCUGGAGUUGUGUUUUGUUAAAAUCAUUUGGAUCGUUUCACUCCUGGAGUUGCCAGUCUCUACUGAACUAAAGCUAAAAGUCAUGACAUCACAAGGUGGAACAGAGCGUUUGGAGCUUUGGAGACUUAUAUAAAGAGUUAAUAAAACGUGAAUGAAACAAAACAACUCCAGCUCUGAUUUUGAGGAGGAAACAACAUCAGAACAUGAUUUAAAGUUCACAUGUGUCAGUUUUGUUUGAUAUGAGACGUUUAACCUCAAUAAAACUCGAAAACUUAACCAUUAUUGUAAAACUCUACAGCAAAAUCGUUAAAAUGUUGAAACCUCAUUUUGCUUUUUGAACCAAGACACCAAAAAAUGACCAAUGUUUUUUGUUAUUAAUAAUAAAUCAGCAUUAAAUAUAUCUCCUCUGAACAUGUUUUGUUUACUUCAGAUCUUGGGGAAACUGGUCACAGUUUAUGGAAUUUAAAAUAAAAGUUUUACAGAGGUUUCAGUUCCUUCAUUGUUGCCUCUUUUCUGGAACGUUUCAGCCUCUGGAGUUUAUUCAGUCUCUUAUCGAUUCUGUUCUGAUAAAUAAAAGUUUGUUUCUUCAUUCA